AUGCCCCUCCGCAAACGAGACCUCGCCUACCUCCUCUUCUUCAUCACCCACCUGCCCAUAAUCUUCCUAAUCGACACCGUCCCGCUGCAACCAGAAUGGGCCCGCACAACACUCUCGGCAAACCUGCGCGCCUUCUACGUCGCGACCUACCGCGACAAGUUCUUCGAAGCCCCACCGGUCUGGUUUAACACGUUUAUCUGGAUGGAGCUGCUGUACCACGUGCCGGCUAGUAUCUGGGCGGUGUGGGGGUUGUUGAAGGAACACCCCCUCGUCCCGGUCCACCUUCUCGUAUUCGGUAUCCAGGCGUUUAUCACGUCUCUCACCUGCCUCGUGGACGUCUGGAGCUGGGAGGAUCGCAUUCGGGCCGAGAAGUGGAAUAUCACCUCGCUGUACGGGCCGUAUGUGGCGCUGGGCGCCUACAUGGCCCUCGACAUGUUCCUCCGCCUACGCAAACAACUCCUACCCAAGAGCAAGCGCGAAUAA